AUGGGUAUGGAGGUCACAAAAACUGUUUUCCUUCUGACUGCAAUAUGCUUUAUCAUAGCGGAAUGUCAAGGAGAGUCUGAAGUAACAAGAAGCUCUCGUCUUGGUGACAUAAAGGGAUUAAGAGCACUUGUUCCGGGAACCAAAGACAAAUAUGUUGACCAAUUUCGAAAAAUCCCUUACGCCGUCCCACCAGUUCGGCAUCUGAGAUUUCAAAAACCUCAACCUUUUGGAAACUGGGAGGGAACACUAGAUGCCACACAAUUUGGACCUUCAUGCAUACAAGGUGACUCUGCAUAUUUUGUCGAUGUUCCAAAUAAAGCAAGAUCUGAGGAUUGCCUAUUUUUAAAUAUAUAUGUUCCAAGUGACGUCACUUCUGACGAAAAACUCUCCGUUAUGGUGUGGAUUCACGGUGGGGCUUUCCUUUAUGGACAAGGCAUGUUUUACAAUGCUUCCAAUUUAGCGUCAGUUGGCAGAGUUGUUGUAGUCACUUUAAAUUAUCGUCUUGGAAUAUUUGGAUUUUUCACCUUGAAUGACCCAAUUGCAGGUGGAAACUAUGGUAUAAUGGAUCAAAUUCUAGCUCUUCAAUGGGUAAAAGAAAACAUUUUUUCAUUCGGUGGUGAUCCCGAUUCCAUUACUUUAUUUGGGGAAUCAGCGGGAGGAAUGUCUACCAGUCUGCUGUCCUUGAUACCUUCUAACCGUGGGUUGUUUCACAGAGUCAUCUUGCAAAGCGGUAGUAGUAACAGUCCUGCUCUAAUGGUGGAAAACUCUUACUUUAUGUCUGAUUUAGUAGGUACCACUGCAGGGUGCAAUAUUUCAUCAAGCAGCAAUAAAGAAUCUUUCUUGAACUGUAUGAAAAAAAUUUCCGCAGAAACAUUACAAAGAACAUUUGAAAUGAUAAUUUCUUCUCCUACAGAAUUGAGCAUGGUCCUCGGAUUUGGCCCUGUUGUAGAUGGUGAUUUAUUUCCGGAUCAACCAGUUCGACUGUUGUCAGAUGCCUAUCCUAACCAUCAUUAUUUUUUUCGAUCUUUAGACUUGAUGACGGGGACCACUUCUGGAGAGGGAUCACUCCUUUACAUUCAAAUGAGUAAUCCUCAGCUUCAAAGUCGUUUUAAUUACAACGUUUCAGAAGGAUUGUCCAAAGAAGUCUUGUGUAACAUAGUAGCCCCAUCUCUGGCCAAAGCUCACUUUAAAAAUAACCCAGAUGUUGUGAAUAUGAUAUGUGAUGAAUACAGUGUACAUCCAUCAAAAGGUCUUUCGGCUCAAAGUAUACGAACAACAGAUGCACACGGUGAUUUCUUCCUCACGGCUCCAACCAUUGAUAUUGCCAAUAUCCAUUCGGAAAAGAACGGAAUGUCAACAACCUUAGUGUAUAUGCUCUCACGUAUUAAUCCAGUACAUAUAGGCCCACCGUCACCUGCCUGGUUCACUAGAAGUGUCCAUGCAGAUGAUUUGAUGUAUUUGUUUGGUUUACAGAACUAUGCUGAUGUAAAUAAGGACGACUUGGAACUCUCCAGAACUAUGAUGACCUACUGGGCAAAUUUUUCACGUUAUGGAAAUGUCAAUAAUGCGGAAGAAAACUCUGUACCAGUUUGGCCACUGUACAAUAAAGACCACCAGCUUUACAUCGAUUUUGAUUCAGAAAUAACCGUUAAAAAAUCCCCAGCUGAACAGGCCUAUCAGUUCUGGUACAAGAAAGUACCAAAGUAUGUUAAGUCAGAAAACCAUUCACAUGACCCUAAGGCAGCAGCUACAACCACCAAAGCUUCAAUAACAACAGCUACACAACCUAGUUCUAACACUACAACAAUCGCUAAUCAAACAUCACAAAACCCAGAUACUGUUCCUCCAGGACAGGUAACCACUCAAGGCCAGGGAACCAGUCCUACAACACGCGGAUCCCGAACCCGACCUACAACCAAAGGAGGCACAACUCAAUCUUCACAUAAACCACAAACGUCACAGGGAAAUACAGGAACAACACAGACUACAAAAACAACCACCCCUGCAUCUGCCACGUCCUAUACUGUCUCAAUUCAUUCCCUAUGCCGUCCACCAGUGGGAGAACUCCGCUUUGCCAAGCCGCAACCAUUUGGCAAAUGGACUGGGACCCUUGAUGCAACCAUGUUUGGUCCUGCGUGUAUACAACCAGAACAGAAAGGCUUCCGUUAUCACGGUUUUUCUGAGGAUUGUCUCCAGCUCAACAUAUAUUCACCAAAACGCAAGACUUUAAACGGUAACCUUCCAGUUAUGGUGUGGAUUCAUGGUGGUGGCUAUGUGACCGGUUCCGCUACAUUGUAUGAUGGGCUUUUUCUGGCCGCUAAAGGUGGAGUGGUAGUUGUUACCAUCAAUUAUCGACUAAAUUUGUUUGGAUUUUUCACAUUCAAUAAUAACAUUGCCAAAGGAAAUUAUGGACUUUGGGAUCAAAUUCUUGCACUUAAAUGGGUGAAAACUAACAUAGCUGACUAUGGUGGAAAUCCAAGUCAAGUAACAAUUUUUGGAGAGUCUGCAGGUGGAUUCAGUGUUGGUCUUCAAAGUUUAAUUCCACAAAACAAGGGACUUUUUCAAAGAGUUAUAGCCGAGAGUGGGGUUGCUAAUUCUUUUCUUUCUGUUGGAAAAACUAAUCUUACGUCUAUUUUAGUGGCCGGUGAUGCUGGCUGCAGACUCGAUCCGCUAUUGCGAAACUUUCAAGCAGUUUUAAAAUGUUUAAGAUCUAAAACACCGAAUGAUCUACUACAAGCUGAGAAUACCUUUGCAAAGGGCAUGUCAACAUCAAUUCAUUUAGGCAUUAAAUACGCCCCUGUCGUUGACGGUGAACUCUUCUCAGAGUCACCUGCUGACAUUCUUAGAAACAAAAACUCGUCUGCCUUUACUUUUUUCUCAUCUUUGGAUAUAAUGGUUGGGAAUUGUAACAUGGAGGGUUCGUUACUUCUGUUAACCAACGCAGCUGUUGAAGAAAAGUAUCAUUUAAAUAUCAGCACAGGCUUUCCAAACACAUUCUUCUGUAAAAGUCUCAUUCCUACGUUAUCUGCAGACUUUUUUCAAAGCAGUUCCAAAGUAUCUGAAGCAAUCUGCCAAGAAUACGGCGUCUUAAAUAAUAUAUCAGAGCAGAGUAGACAAGUCUUGGAAAUGUACACAGACUUGUUUUUCAUUGUUCCGGCAGUAUCUACCCUUAUGUCGCAUGCCCAGUCGAAGUCUAGGAACACACGUUAUCAGUAUGUUUUUACAGAGAGAAGUCCUCGACCUUUAGGUCCACCUCGUCCUUCAUGGUACCGGGGUGCAGGGCACGUAUCAGAGCUGUUGUUUCUUUUCGGAAUUGAGGACCUCUACCUUUUCAAUAUAACAGUGCCACCGAAGGAUUUUGUAUUAGCAGAUAAGAUGAAGGCCUAUUGGUCCAACUUUGCAAAAACUGGAAACCCAAACAUGGAUGGACUGCCUCAGUGGCCUCAAUAUGACGUGCGAGAACAACAUGAUAUGAGAGGGUUUCAAAUCAGUUUGUCCAUAGUGGCGAUUGUGUUUCUAAGUGGACUUGCUUUAGGACAGCAGCCUUAUACAAUCGGGUCAAAACUUGGUGACUUGACAGGCAUUGUGAAAACGGUCAAUAAUGGUACAACAAAGGUUUUCACCUUCCUCAAUAUACCAUACGCCAAGGCUCCAGUUGGUGCCCUAAGGUUUGCCAAACCAGAGCCAUAUGGAAGAUGGGAAGGAGUACUCAAUGCCACAAAAUUAGGAAACGCCUGCAUUCAGCCACCGGAUCCUUUCAACAAAACGAAAUUUGAGAGUCUAUCCGAAGAUUGUCUUCAGUUAAACAUCUAUGUACCUAAUAAUUUUACGUCAGAAAAAAGAAGUGUGAUGGUUUGGAUUCAUGGUGGGGCGUAUAUUUACGGAUCAGGCACGCUUUAUAAUGGCACAAUGCUGGCAGCUCAAGGUGACGUCGUGGUGGUCACCAUCAACUACCGUCUCGGAAUCUUUGGUUUCCUAUCCUACAAUGAAACAAUUGCCAGAGGUAAUUAUGGAAUAUGGGACCAAAUGUUGGCAUUAAAAUGGGUGCAGGAUAAUAUUGAAGAUUAUUCGGGUGAUCCCUCGUCUGUAACAAUUUUCGGAGAAUCUGCAGGUGGUUUUAGUGUUUCGCUUUUAUCGUUGAUUCCUAGGAACAAGGGGCUUUUUCACAGAGUUAUAGCCGAAAGUGGAGUGUCUGAUACUUUCCUAUCUUUAUCUCAGCAUGCAAAACUCACGGCUACUGCCAUGGGAGAUGCUCUUGGCUGUGUUUUCGACCCAAUAACAAGGAAUUUUAGAACAGUUCUUUAUUGCCUGAGAUCCAAAUCAGUUGAUGAAAUAUUUAAAGUUUUAAAUACCUUUGGAACUUAUUUUAUAUCUUCCUUAACGAUUGAAAUACCCUUUGCCCCGGUAAUUGACGGAGAAUUAUUCAAUGACUUUCCUUCAAAACUUCUAUCCAAUCCUUUAUCGGAUGAACUUGCUUUCUUUAAAUCAUUAGACAUGAUCAUUGGCAAUUGUAACAUGGAGGGGUCAUUAUAUUUAGCAAUGACCCCGCAAGAACAGGACAGAUAUGGAUUUAAUAUAACCACCGGGAUACCUCAGGAAUUCUUUUGUGAGAAGUUCAUUCCUGCUAUUGUGCGAACUUACUUUGACUCUAAUUCCAAAGUUUCUAAAGCUAUUUGCGAAGAAUAUAAAGUAAAUAAUGAUCCGGAUGAACAAAGCAGACAAGUUCUCCAAAUGUAUACAGACUUAUUCUUUAUUUCUCCAACAUUUUCAUCUUUAUUUGCCCACUCCAAGAGUAAAGCUUACAAAAACACAUAUCAGUAUAUGUUUACCAACAAGACCCCAUUGCCUUACGGUGCUCUAAGACCUGCAUGGUACAGGGGUUCUGGUCACGCAUCAGAACUGCCAUUCCUCUUUGGAAUAGAAGACCUUCAUUAUCGAAACAUAGAUGUAACAGUAGACGAAUUUAAAUUGGCUUUAAUAAUGAAAGAUCUUUGGACAAAUUUUGCCAAAACAGGGUAA